GUUACGGAUGAGGGGAAUCGAGAGUCUGUUUUUUGUCCGGUAUUUGGGUUGUAAAGGAGCGCCGUGGUGAGUUUGGCAUCUUCAAGAUGGACGACAACGCAACCCUGGCGACCAAGCUCAAGUACGCGCUCGAUGCAGGCCUGAUGGUGGUUUUCUGCAUCGGCGAGCCGCUCGCCAUCCGGGAGAAGGGCCUCGAGGCCGUCCUCGCCGAAAUGGACGUGCAGCUCGCGCAGAUCUACGGCCUGCUGGAUCCAGCGAAGGUGGUCAUCGCCUACGAGCCCGUCUGGGCCAUCGGCACCGGCGUCACCGCCAGCCCGCAGGACGCCCAGGACACGCAUGCGGGCAUCCGCAAGCUCAUCGCCGAGAAGGCGUCCCCACAGGUCGCCGAGGCCGUCCGC